GCGGCACUGAUCUAACCGUCAGAUCCGAUCUCCAGUUGCCGGCGGCGACAUGGACUUGCCGGCGAGCCGCGGCCGGUGGCGCAGGCGGAGCGCCCGGUCGCACUUGCCCGUUGUCGUGGCCGUCCUCGUGCUCCUCCUCCCGACCUUGCUACUCUUCUCAUCCGGCUCCUCCACCAUGCUCCGUGCCCUCCUCCCCUUCCACUCCGCCGCCUCCGGCGGCGUGCCCCAGUGCGGGGGCUCGGUGGAGCUCGAGGGAGAGAGGUUCCUCUGGUACGCGCCGCACAGCGGGUUCAGCAACCAGGUGGGCGAGCUCCGGAACGCCGCGGUGGCCGCCGCGCUGCUGAACCGCACUCUCGUCGUGCCCCCCGUGCUCGACCACCACGCCGUCGUCCUCGGGAGCUGCCCCAAGUUCAGGGUCACCGACCCAGCCUCGCUGCGCGCCGCUGUCUGGGACCACACCAUGCAGCUCCUUCGGGAGGGGAGGUAUGUUUCGAUGGGUGACAUAAUUGAUCUAUCCCCAAUCAAAUCUAUGGUUGGGACCAUUGACUUCAGGGUUUUUGUCUCGCUGUGGUGCGGUGUAGACAUGCGGAAGACUUGCUUUUCUGGGUUGUGCUGUUCUGUUUCUGGUGGUAGCUCUAUGCCAGCUGACUACAAUAGAUGCCGAGCUUUGCUGUCUGGUCUAGGAGGCAGUGAAAAAGGCUGUGUGUAUCCUGUACAAGAUGAUUGUAGAACAACAGUCUGGACGUAUCAACAGAACAAUGAUGGGGCCUUGGAUCAGUUUCAACCAGAUGAAGAGUUGAAAAGAAGGAAGAAGAUCUCAUAUGUUCGGAGGCGCAGAGAUAUAUACAAGGCUUUAGGGCCUGGUUCACAAGCUGAGGAUGCUACCUUGUUGGCAUUUGGGACACUCUUCUCAGGACCAUACAAGGGAUCAGAGUCUUAUUUUGAUAUCCAUGAGUCACCAAAAGAUCAAAGAAUACAGACUGUACUCGAGAAGAUUGAGUUUCUUCCUUUUGCCCCAGAGAUCAUGGCUGCAGGGAGGGAAUUUGCUAAGAACAAGAUCAAGGAGCCAUUUCUUUGUGCGCAACUAAGAUUGCUAGACGGUCAAUUCAAAAAUCACUGGAAAGCUACAUUUUCUGCCCUCAAAGAGAAGUUGAAAGCUGUUGAAUUGGAAAUGAAGAGAAACAAGAAUAGUGGUCCUGUUCACAUGUUCAUCAUGACCGAUCUUCCACCAGCAAACUGGACCAAAACCUAUCUUGCAAAUGUUGCAAAAGAUGAGCGAUACAGAUUGUACACCCUGAAGGAAAGUGAUGAAUUAGUGCCGCAGACUGCAGAAAGGCUUAUGGCUGCAGAACAUGGUGUACGGUCUGGAUUCCUUCCAAAAGCCAUAGAGAACACGGACAAGGAUUGUGGCCCUGUUCAACUACCAGAAAUUCUGCUGUAUGUUGAAGAAUCUGUUUGUAGCUGCGCAUCACUAGGAUUUGUUGGGACAGUUGGAUCAACCAUAGCAGGAAGCAUAGAAACAAUGAGAAAGAACAAUGUCUGUAAAUGGUAGGCAAACAGCAUCCUUUGAGUAGGUGCAUGAAAACCUAACCAGCUGAUUGAUGUGUUAUAGCAGAGUGGGAGCCAAUAUGAUAUAGAGGGCUGAAGCAUCGUAUGUUUUGCACACACAUGCAAGCAUGACCCUGCAAGAGCUCAUUUCUCUUUCGGGGUAGAAUUGACUGUAGAGUGAACAGUUGCACCAUUUUUUUUUCUAACUGUAUAGAAAGAUCAGGUUCAUUUUUGUAUUGCCUGGAGCCCUGGAUCAUUUUGACUAUGUAAUUCUCGAGUUUUGUAGUAGUGCAUUUAUUUUCCUGUUCGUAGGGUAUCCUCUAUUGCUCUAUCCGCGCACUUCUGACUUGUGAAGGAAGUGAUAGCUUCUGAAAAUAAGGUACUGGAACUAGAUAUCAUUGUACUA